UCCAUGUGUAAAGUUAUGAAAAGUUCACUGCACGUACCAGACGAAAAAUGAAUGAAUUGUAAAUCGAAAUUGCUUAUUUAUUUAAAGUGUGUCAGUGUUUAAUUAAUGUGAAAAGUUUUUCUAUAAUUUAUUGUGAAACUGUAAGGCAGCAACAGGAACAAACAUGUCCCGAAGAUUUUAUCGAUCCGAAUCAAAUGCGGAUUUAUUAAGUUAUUUGGAUAGAGGACAGAGCGCUUGUAAGGAAAAUAGAUGGACGUUCGAAGUUGCUUGGGAAGCGGCUAAUAAAGUCGGAGGUAUUCAUACUGUUAUACGUUCCAAAGCAUAUGUAUCCUGCGAAGAAAUGGGUGACCAGUAUUGUUUACUAGGUCCAUACAAAGAACAAUGUGCCAGAACUGAAGUAGAAGAAGCAGAUUUUUCAAAAAAUUCUUAUCUUCACACUGCUGUUGAAGCUAUGCGAUCUAAAGGAUUUAAAGUUCAUUCCGGAACUUGGCUAGUGGAUGGCAAUCCACAGAUAGUACUGUUUGAUAUUGCUUCAGCAGCUUGGAAAUUAGAUGAUUUUAAAAAUGAAUUAUGGAUUAAAUCGAAUGUUGGGAUACCUCAUCUGGAUACUGAAGCUAAUGAUUGUGUUAUUUUGGGUUAUCUCGUUGCAGAUUUUAUACAAGAGUUCAGACAAGCAUGUCUUAAUAAGAAUGGUGAUAAUAAACCCAAAAUAGUGGCGCACUUUCACGAAUGGCAAGCUGGUGUCGGCUUGAUAGCUUUGAGAACUCGCCACGUUGAAAUAGCGACAGUAUUUACGACGCAUGCUACAUUGUUAGGAAGAUAUUUGUGUGCAGGAAAACUAGAUUUUUAUAACAAUCUAGACAAGUUCUGCGUUGACGAAGAAGCAGGAAAGAGGCAGAUUUAUCAUCGAUAUUGUAUGGAAAGAGCUGCUAGUCAUUUAUCCCAUAUAUUUACGACUGUUUCAGAUAUUACAGCUUAUGAAGCCGAGAACCUGCUCAAACGUAAAGUAGAUGUUAUAACACCUAAUGGCUUGAAUGUUAAAAAAUUUUCUGCACUGCACGAAUUUCAAAAUUUGCAUGCCAUUGCAAAAGAAAAAAUACAUCAGUUUGUUAGAGGACAUUUUUACGGGCAUUAUAAUUUUGAUUUGGAUAAAACCUUAUACUUUUUCACUGCUGGUCGAUACGAAUUCACAAAUAAAGGUGGAGAUAUUUAUAUAGAAUCAUUAGCAAGACUGAAUCACUAUCUUAAGUCAACCAAUUCUGAUGUAACUGUUGUGGCGUUUAUAAUAUUUCCGGCAAAAACAAAUAAUUUUAAUGUCGAAUCUUUGCGUGGUCAUGCAGUUACUAAAAGUUUAAGAGACACAUUGUCGGAAAUCCAACAGCAGAUGGGCAAAAGGAUGUACGAAACUUGUUUAAGGGGAAAACUUCCAGAAGCUGAUGAUAUGUUGACCAAGGAUGAUAUUGUUAAGUUGAAGCGUUGUUUGUAUGCCUUGCAAAGAGAUGGGUUACCUCCAAUAACAACACAUAACGUGGUUGAAGAUUGGGAUGAUCCUGUUCUUGCAACAAUAAGGAGAUGCCAAUUAUUUAAUACUGUUCACGACAGAGUGAAGAUCGUAUUUCAUCCAGAAUUUCUAUCAAGUACAAAUCCCUUGUUUGGACUGGAUUAUGAAGAAUUUGUUCGUGGUUGCCAUUUGGGCGUUUUUCCUUCAUACUACGAACCUUGGGGGUACACUCCGGCAGAAUGUACCGUCAUGGGUAUUCCCAGUGUUACUACAAAUUUAUCAGGUUUUGGAUGUUUUAUGCAACAACAGAUAAUGGAUCCUCAAUCUUACGGAAUUUACAUAGUCGAUCGUAGAUAUAUUUCUUUGGAAAGUUCUGUACAACAAUUAGCACAGUAUAUGUAUGAUUUUACAAAACUUAAUAGACGUCAGAGGAUAAUACAGCGGAAUAGGACUGAAAGGCUGAGCGAUAUGUUAGACUGGAGAAAUUUAGGAAUAUAUUAUAGACAGGCUAGAAUCCGUGCUUUACAGAAAGUGUAUACAGAUUAUGUAGAUGAAUCGGAAAUUCAAGUGACUAGAUCUUUUAAAUAUCCGAGGCCAAUAUCAGAACCACCAAGUCCUAGUUCGUCAAGGCCGACAACACCUGCCGCCUCCGUUGUUGGAAGCGAAGAUGAUGAAGUCGAUGAAGAACUCGAGUUGAACGAAUUAAGACUUGAAAAUUAAUAAAAAUAUUUAUUUCAGCUUAGGUCUUACCGUCCAUACAAAGUAGUAUUAUGUUGCAUUUACUAUGCAUUCUGCUUUGAACAUUAUUAUAUCUGUAAGAUGAUCUUAUUUACUGGUGCAAAGAUACUCUAUGAUAAUUUUAAACUUUUUACAUUACUAAAAAUAUUUGAUUAUUAAAUCGAUUAAAUUAUCGUUUUGAGGCUAUAGAAAAUUAAUAUAACGAAGAAGGGAUGAACAGUUCAGGCGAAAUUAUUUUAUAUUCUAGGCGUUUAGAUGCAACUAAAAUUAUUGUCAGGGCAGUUAGAUGA